AUGACUUCACCACGCGCUGCCCAUUCCGUCGGCCAAAAUCACCCGCCCAGGGGUUCUCCAAACCGCAGACCACAGGCACGCGCCCCCAGUCCCAACUAUUUUGGCCUGGUCAUCGACUCCAAUACCGAGGGAGCCGACUCUUCAGGCCCCGGAAAAGACAACUGGAGUCCUGCCGGCUCGUCGAUAAAGUCCUUCGCCGCUGCUCUGCCCAAGACGGUACCCCUCGAGCCUAAUUCUGAGUUUGAAGCUUUCAAAAGGCAGGCAGACCGCAAUCGCGGCCCCUCCUUUGCCCUUCCCACGACCAGCCAUGUACCUUCUGCGUCAACACACAUGGCCCGCCCUCGGCCGGCUCGCUGGCAUUCCCAUAACCACGAGCCUGCCGCCGAGCCGUCGUCGUUUCGGCUGGCCUUGAACAGAAUCCGUGCUGAUAUGGGUCCGACGAAGAAGCCCGACGCCGACCAAAGUAGUCUCUACGACUCUGCAUAUGUAUCCUUGGACUCGAAGAGUAACUCCGAUGCGUCUUUGAAGCCAACCCAGAAUGCAGCUCCUGCACAAGUUGCCUCCCCGCUACCUAUGGUCGAAACGCCGCAGCAGCCGCAGCAGCCAUUUGAUCACCUAUCGUCGGCCGAGCAUCACCGCGACGACCGACGCUCACUUAACGAACUUAAACCACGCCGGCCAUCGCCAAGUCUCGGCAACAUGGCACGUGCCUCCACGCUGCCAAUGAAGCUCGACACUUUCCAGAGCCCCCUCAUGUCUGGCGACCAGCUCGUCAACAUUAUGGAGACGAAUGAUAUCGAUGGUAUUCUGCUUCUUGAUGUUCGUUCGGUUCAAAAUUUCUCACACAGCCGUAUCAAGCAUGCCCUCAACAUUUGCAUUCCUACGACGCUGCUGAAGCGCGCCACCUUCGGCAUCGAAAAGCUUCAACAGACCUUCCAGGACAGCAUCAACUCGACAAAGUUUAACCGCUGGAGGGACAUGCAGUGGAUCAUUGUCUAUGACACGAACGCUUCAGACAACCGCGAUGCUCUUACAGCCCAAAGCAUGAUCAAAAAGUUCACCACUGCGAAUUACUCUGGAAAGACUGCCAUCCUUCGCGGAGGCUUUAGUCUUUUCCGUCAAUCAUUUCCCAACUACGUUGACAAUGAGCCCGCCCAACAGCCAGCCACAAGGUCGGAGAAUGCAACUUCGGAUAGAAACGCUAUUGCACCUGUCAUCGGAGGCGUCAUGCUACCAUCCAGCAUGCAGGAACCUAACCCAUUCUUUUCCAAUAUUCGCCAGAAUAUGGACCUCGCAGAUGGUGUAGGCCAAUUUGAUGUCCGAUUGCCCGAUGGCCUCGAUUCUUCAUGGCUGCCAAAAUGGCUGCGUGACGCCGCAGCGACCGAAGACCACGGCAAAAAGGUGUCCGACAAAUUCCUUCACAUUGAGCAAGAGGAACAGUCUCGUAUGAAGGGUGCGUAUGCUGCGUUCAACCCCAACAACGCACAGUCUGCAAACAAUAUCCAGCUAUGUGGUGUGGAAAAGGGAGUCAAGAACAGAUACAAGGACAUUCUUCCAUUUGAGCACAGCAGAGUCCGUCUGCAGAACAAGGCUCCUGGUAGCUGCGACUACAUCAACGCCAGCCGCCUCUCCGCUGCGCGUAGCAAUAAGAAAUAUAUUGCCACGCAGGGUCCUUUGCCGGCUACCUUUGAAGACUUUUGGUCUGUUGUCUGGGACCAGGAUGUUCGUGUCAUUGUCAUGUUGACGGCAACAACGGAGGGCGGGCAAUUGAAAUGUCACCCGUACUGGGAAGAUCGCGAGUUUGGACCCAUCAGGCUGCGGCCCCUAUCCGAGAAGAAGGCCUCGCUUGAUAUGGACAAAUAUAGAUCUGAUUCCCACAGCACGCCGUCUUCGGCCUCCUCGGAACGUGGCCGACGCCGAGCCAACACCACGACAGCAUUUGAAGCGGCACCGAGCUUCUCACCUACAGAAGAGACUCCUUACGUCAUUAUUCGCAAGUUUGCGCUCUCGCACUCUUCUCAUCCAUUCGCACCAAUGCGCGAGAUUACGCACCUCCACUUCCCUGGCUGGCCCGACUUUGGAACUCCUGCCAAACCAUCGCACUUGCUUGCGCUUGUGGAGUUAGCUAAUGUGAUGCAGCGGGCUGCUAUGCCCGUCGAGACCAGCGUUAUUGUUGAAUCGCACAAGGCAAUGGGUGGCGCACUGCCCAUCGCGUGGCACGACGAACCAGAGGCCAAUGAGAACAGCCGGCCCAUGCUUGUUCACUGCUCAGCGGGCUGCGGUCGCACGGGCGCUUUCUGCACCGUCGACAGUGUCAUUGACAUGCUGAAGAGGAAGCGCCAGGCAGAUAUCACCGGCGUCGCCGUCAAGGAUAGCGAUGGCGACGUGGACAUGCUCGCCUCUGCGGGAGGUGUUUCGCCCACGUCAACAUCCGAGUCCUAUUUCCAGAUGAAUUUGGUCUCUGCGGCCAACCAAGUCUCCAACCUGCCCCAUCAGCAGCAAAAGUCGGCGCCACUUGAUACCAAGUGGCUGAAUGAUGACACUGUGGACUUGAUCCAAAAGACUGUCCAAGACUUUCGACAGCAGCGUCUCAGCACAGUGCAGAGUCUGCGGCAGUAUGUGCUGUGCUACGAGACGGUCUUGGAAUGGAUGCACUGCAUGCACGACAGGACAGCCAGCACGAUGGCUGGACGCAAGCGCAGUGGCAGCCUGACUCUCACGCUACCACACUGA